AUGGCGUACGCUUCGUCGCCGGGGAGCUUCGUGAUGAUCUGCUCCGGGUUGGCGGCGCUGGUGUGCGUCGCCGCCAUCUUGUUUGUGAGCGACUUUCUCCAGGAGCAGAUCGAGUCGAUCCAGCAAAACAGCACGCUGGUGGAGACGUGCCUCGCCCGCCACACCCCGGUCGGCGUGCUCCUUUGCAGCAUUCUCGUCGAGUCCCGUGUCAGCAGCACGCUUUUUGAGCUCGCGAAGCUGGUCGCGCUCCCCUUGCUCAAGGUCGCCUUCACCGACCUCGCUGCCCAUGUCAGAGGCGGCGUCAUCAGCUGCAGGGGAUCGCAUCCGUUGAAGGUGGAGUCGAUACUGCUGCCAUUGAGGAAGCAGGAUGCCCGAGUACUGCACGAGCUUGGACAGGUCAUCGUCGGUGAACUCAUGCAGGUGAGCCUCCACGUAGGUGUAGUCAACCAGCAUGCCACGCAGCCAAGGAACAGUAUCAACAUCCAUGCCCUCGCCCUCGUGGGCGGCCGCUUGGCGGGCGCCAAAGGCGCCGCCUGUCCGUCCGUCCGCACCAGCAGGCGGCCCAGUGCGGACGAUUGCUUCAAGGACACUGGCCACUCGGCGGCAGGAUUUGUUCGCCGCCUCGCCGCGGCGGCGGCGCUGUCGAGGGCGGUCGAGGCCGAGCUCUGGGCGCAGUUUCCAGAGGCGACGAUGAAGGCCGACGUCGCGGCAUGGACCCGCUGUGCCGUCCGUGGCUUCUGGCGCCGCAUGUAG